UGGCGAUUCUCUAGAAAUGAAUCGCCUGUACGCUUGGCGUUGUUGCCCACUGAACAAUAGUGUUGUAAAUGCGAUGUUUCACGCUAAACAGUGACACUUGCAAUGAUUAAAACACGAUUUAUAAACUAUAAAUAUUAACUGUGGUGCCAUAUUGUAAAAAAAGCCAGGUUCUUAGUACAGGAAGUGACAUCAUUUUUAGGAGAACGACAGCUCCAGCAUCAGCAGAGGAAGGCAUCAUGCUGGAUGAGGUGGUUGUGAAUGAGCAGUCGUCCACAGAUGCGGAUGAGUCAGUGCCAUGUUUCCAGACUCCAGGACCCACCGUCACCUUCCAUCAAAUCCGAUACCGCAUCAAGGAACGAUUAGGAAUGUUUAGCUGCCAAUGGCGUGAAAAGGACAUCCUUAAAGAUGUCAGUGGGAUCAUGAACCCGGGAAUGAACGCAAUAAUGGGCCCUACUGGAAGUGGAAAGACAUCGCUCCUGGAUGUCAUUGCGGGACGGAAAGAUCCUAAGGGCUUAAAAUCAGGUCAAGUUCUAGUUGACAACACCAUCGUGACCUCUGACCUGAGGCUGUGCUCUGCUUAUGUGGUUCAGAAUGACAUUCUGAUGGGUACUCUGACCGUGAGGGAAAACCUAGCGUUCUCUGCCAAUCUUCGCUUGUCACUGAAGGAAUAUUCCUCAUCUGACAAAGAGAUGAGGGUCAACUCCGUCAUCCAGGAGCUCGGCCUCAAAGAUUGUGCAGACACUAAGAUCGGUACAAUGUUUUUACGAGGUGUUUCUGGUGGGGAGAAGAAAAGGUGCAGCAUUGGCAUGGAGCUCAUCACUUCCCCGUCGCUCCUGUUCCUGGAUGAGCCCACCACAGGCCUGGAUGCCAACACUGCCAACUCCAUCAUGGAGCUCCUGCAGAAUAUCUCCAAAAAGGGCAAGACUGUCAUCUUCUCCAUUCACCAGCCGCGCUACUCCAUCUUCAGACAGUUUGACCACCUCACACUCAUGAAUAAAGGAGAAAUCAUCUACGCGGGGGCCGCCGACAAAGCCAUUAUUUACUUCGAAGACUUGGGUUACAAGUGUGAGCCGUUCAACAACCCGGCAGACUUCUUUCUGGAUGUCACCAAUGGAACAAUCCGUCCUCACAAAUCCUCAAACAAUAUAUCAGAGAAGUGCAGCAGCAGUGAGGAGAUGGUGGACAAUGAGAAUCCCCUGGCCGUCAUGUACAGAAAGUCCCCGUAUUUCACCAAAUUAAAAGAUAGACUCACUGAGAUUUCAGACGGGCUCGACCCUGAGGUCACUAAAGGUGACAAGAUUGGUUACGCCACACCUUUCUAUUACCAGCUCCUGCUGGUGAGUGGCCGCACCAUCAGAAACAUCUUAAGGAAUCCUCAGACGUCGUAUGCCCAACUGUUCCUCAACAUUUUCUUCGGUAUUUUAGUGGGAUUGAUCUACUACCAGAUCCCGCACACUUUACCUGAGGCUCUGCAGAACAGAACAGGAGCUUUCUUUUUCCUGGUCAUCAACAUGGUGUUUGGGAAUCUGUCAGCGGUGGAGCUGUUUGUCAGCGAGAGAGAGCUCUUUAUCCAUGAGAACUCCAGUGGUUUCUACCGCACCUCUGCCUACUUCCUGUCCAAAGUGUUUGCUGACCUCAUUCCAAACCGCAUCCUCCCUGUGUUCAUCUUUUCUGCUAUCCCGUACUUCAUGAUGGGCCUGAAGCCGGAAGUGGAGGCGUUUUUCCUGUACUGUGUGACCAUGAGUAUGGUCAGUCUGUCAGCCGUGAGUUUGGCCUUCCUGGUCAGCGCCAGCGUGGGCUCCUUCGCCAUGGCUAACAUCCUCAUUGCACUGCCUUAUGUCUUUAUGAUGGUGUUUGGUGGUUUCCUGGUCAACCUGAAUUCAAUGCUGAGUGGGCUCUCAUGGCUAAAGUGGGCCAGUAUAUUUCGAUAUGGCUACAAUGCACUUGCCAUCAAUGAACUAAAAGAUCAAGUCUUCACUGAUAACCUUACCAGGGUGACCGGCGACAUGUAUCUGGACCAUCAAGAGAUAGAUCGCAGCGCAUGGGGCUUCUGGGAGAAUCAGGUGGCUCUGGCUGGCAUCAUGUUUGUGUGUCUGAUUCUGGCGUAUGUGCAGUUGUGUCGCAUCAAUCGCUGGAAGUGAGCGAGGACAGCCGUUGCGCGUUAAAUGUGAAAUUCUUAAACCAAAAUAAGUCUAUUACCUCUCAAGCUACCUGUGACAUGAAGUAUAUACCACUGUUUGAAGCUUUUGUGAACAUUUCAUUUUUAUACAGACAUUGUAAACGGAAUAUGUUGAGCUUAAAAUAUACCAAGAUUUUAUACCUUGAAUGUGCUUUUAUUUGAGAAAUAUUAACGUGUAUGGAGAGCAGUGGGAUGUUAAGAAUGACGGAGAGCUAUUGGCUUUAUUGUAGAGGUUUUAUCAGAUUUCCCUUGGAGAAAAAAGAAUGACAUGUUUAUUCAGAUUGAGACAAAACAAGGUUGUGGAAAGUGCAGUGAUUCCAAACCAUGUUCCUGGAGCUUCACUGGUACAACGACAUACUUCAUUAGCAGAUUGAGAGAGAUGUUUCCUACUUGAUGGAGCCACCUUUCCACUGCACACGGCAAGCGACAGACCGGAAGUCUUUCAUUUCCAACGGUGAGUAGUCCAGGAGCUGCGAGGAGUUUUUUUUUUAUUUGAACAAAUCACCUUAGUCAUGUGACCUGGGUUUUUUCAGAUCAGUCAUGUGACCUGGGUUUUUUUCAGAUCAGUCACGUGACCUGGGUGUUUUGGAUCAACAUAGUCAGAGGACUUGGGUGUUUCCGAUCACCUUAAUCACAUAACCCUGGUGUUUCCAAAUCACCAUAGGCAGGUGACCCGGGUGUUUCGGGUCACCAUAGUCAGAGGACUUGGGUGUUUCCCAUCAACUUAAUCAUGUAACCCUGGUGUUUCCGAAUCACCAUUGGCAGGUGACCCAUGUGUUUCGAAUCAGCAUUGGCACGUGAUCCGGGUAUUUCGGAUAACCUUAGUCACGUGACCCGGGUAUUUCGAAACACCCGGGCUUCGGAAACACCCAAGUCCUCUGACUAUGGUGAUCCGAAACACCCAGGUCACGUGUCAGAGGGCUUGGGUGUUUCCCAUCACCUUAAUCACACAACCUUGGUGUUUCCGAAUCACCAUAAAUGUGACCCAUGUGUUUCGAAUCAGCAUCGGCACAUGAUCCGGGUGUUUUAGAUAACCUUAGUCACGUGACUCGGGUGUUUCGAAUCACAGUCACAUGACCCAGGUGUUUCGAAUCACCAUAGGCACAUGACCCAGGUGUUUCGGAUAACCUUAGUCACGUGACCCGGGUGUCUCGUAUCAAAAAGUCACGUGACCGAGGUGUUUCGAAAUCACAGUCACAUGACCCAGAAGUUUCUAGUCACCUUAGAUCACCCAUAUCCGUCUAUAUCAGGGGUCACCAAACUUGUUCCUGGAGGGCCGGUGUCCUGCACAUUUUAGCUCCAACCCUAAUCAAACACACCCGAACAAGCUAAUCAAAGGUUUUACUAGGUAUACUUGAAACAUCCAGGCAGGUGUGUUGAGGCAAGUUGGAGCUAAACCCUGCAGGGACACCGGACCUCCAGGACCGAGAUUGGUGACCCCUGGUCUGUAUGAAUCUACUUAUCUCUCUCUAUCCUUCCAUCUAGAUCCACCUAUAUAUAUCACUAUCUAUUCCUCCAUCCACAUCUAUCUCCAUCGAUCUAUAUUUAUCCAUCACUCUCUCCAUCAAUCCAUAACCAUAUCCAUCCAUCUUUAUAUAUACCCAUCCAUCCAUAUCUAUAUCAUCCAUCUAUCCAUAUCCAAACACAUCUCCAUCUAUCUAGAUCUGUUCCUCUAUCCAUAUCAAUCCAUCAGAGAGAGUAAAGCUGCGGUCACACUAGAGUUUGUGCGUUUGAAAUUCUGUCAUGCAGCGCUGUGAAAAAGGACAAGAUUAAAGUGGAUUAAACAUUUUUUAAAAAAAAUCAAACCUUUGAUCCAUAUUUGAACUUUCUGUCCAGAGAGGUCAUGUUUUGAUCCUCAAUACAUCUCAUGCAGUCAAGUGAUGCGAUUACGCAGGUCAGAGUUCACCAAGCUUGAACUUUGCACCGUAGUAAACUGCAAAACUUGACACACGAACUUGCGUUUCUGGUCUGACGCAUUCACGUGCGUAUGAAUGGCAGUCUAUGGGGAGAAAAGUGCAGUGUGACCACAGCUUGAGACUAAGUUGCAUUGAACAAAGUAAAUUAGUUUUCACAAUAGAAACAUUUAAAUGAGAUUAGGAAUUAAUAUUUGAUGUAGCUCGCCAAUAACUGAUCCUAAUUAAAUAAAGUUCCAAACCUUUGUGUUUCUUUGGUUGAGCAAGAUAUUUUUAAGAAAGCUGAAAACCUGUAACCAUUGACCUGCAUCCAUUUUACCUACUAUGCAAGUCAAUGGUUACCGCUUUUCAGAAAAUAUUGCCUUCAACAGAACUCAAAGUUUGGACCCACUUGAGGGAGUGCAUUUAGGCGAAAUAUCGCUUUAAGACAGUAUUUAUUGCAUAAAUGAAAGACAGAAUAACGAAACGGGGUUUAAGUCGGUUUAAUUUGUAAUUUUUUUUAAAAACAGCCUCAGUCUGAACAGUGGAAAGAAAAUCUGACAUUUAGGAAGUGAGAGCGAUCAAAUCACUGAGGGGCAACAAUCAGUGGAUCAAAUAAUGAACGUCAGCAUCACCUUCCCCUCCUCCAAAUCAUUAAAGAAGCACAAUGACAGAAUCGACAACCAUUAGGACCAAAAACAUCACCCAUUAAAAACAGAAAUGUUUACAUCACUGGCCUUGCAGGUGUAUUAGCAGUUAAAGAGGGAGGCAGGGAGAUUACAGCAUCCUAAAGCAUCGUUCCAAGGGGGGGGUCUCAGACCUCCUUUCCAGUUAAAGGCACAAUCUAUGUCCAUAUAAACUCUCUCGGGUGCAUAUUUGAAGAAACAUACGACUAACAUCAACUCUAAAAAUUAAAAUUAAAAAAAAGUCUUCACAUUAGCACACACAAAACUAAACAAAA